GUCUUUAAAUGCCAGAGUUGACUGCCAUUUCAAAGAAAAGAAAAUAGAUGGUUUUGAAAAGUUCAUGCUGUUUCUUCAUUGAAUUUUAGAAUGAUUGAAGAUAGUGGGAAAAGAGGAAAUACCAUGGCAGAAAGAAGACAGCUGUUUGCAGAGAUGAGGGCUCAAGAUCUGGAUCGCAUCCGACUCUCCACCUACAGAACAGCAUGCAAGCUGAGGUUUGUUCAGAAGAAAUGCAAUUUGCACCUGGUGGACAUUUGGAACGUCAUAGAAGCUUUGAGGGAAAAUGGUCUGAACAAUGUGGACCCAAACAUAGAACUCAACGUGGCCCGAUUGGAGGCUGUGCUCUCCACCAUUUUUUACCAGCUCAACAAAAGGAUGCCAACCACUCACCAAAUUCAGGUGGAGCAGUCCAUCAGCCUCCUGCUAAACUUCCUGCUGGCAGCCUUUGAUCCGGAAGGCCAUGGUAAAAUUUCAGUAUUUGCUGUCAAAAUGGCUUUAGCCACAUUGUGUGGAGGAAAGAUCAUGGACAAAUUAAGAUAUAUUUUCUCAAUGAUUUCUGACUCCAGUGGGGUGAUGGUUUAUGGACGAUACGAUCAGUUCCUGCGGGAAGUUCUCAAACUACCCACAGCAGUGUUUGAAGGGCCUUCAUUUGGUUACACAGAACAGUCGGCUAGAUCCUGUUUCUCUCAACAGAAAAAAGUCACCUUGAAUGGUUUCUUGGACACACUCAUGUCAGAUCCUCCCCCGCAGUGCCUGGUCUGGCUGCCCCUUCUGCAUCGACUGGCAAAUGUAGAAAAUGUCUUCCAUCCAGUUGAGUGUUCGUACUGCCACAGUGAGAGUAUGAUGGGAUUUCGCUACCGAUGCCAACAGUGUCACAAUUACCAGCUCUGUCAGGACUGCUUCUGGAGGGGACAUGCCGGUGGUUCCCAUAGCAACCAGCACCAAAUGAAAGAGUACACGUCCUGGAAAUCACCCGCUAAGAAGCUCACCAACGCAUUAAGCAAGUCUCUGAGCUGUGCUUCCAGCCGUGAACCUUUGCACCCCAUGUUCCCUGACCAGCCUGAGAAACCACUCAACUUGGCCCACAUCGUGCCACCCAGACCUGUAACCAGCAUAAAUGACAGCAUGUUCUCCCACUCCGUCCCCUCCUCAGGAAGUCCUUUUAUUACCAGGAGGUUACCUGAGGGGAUAAGUGCAUCCAGCCCUGUGGCUGAGGAGCAUUCGCUCAUAAAGCUGUAUGUAAAUCAGCUUGACCACAGCGCACGCUCUCCUCCCAAGGACAGUGAAGUCGAGCAGAGCAAACUGCUGGCUAGGGCUGCUCCAGCUUUGCUGAAGGGCAAAGGGAUACAAUACAGUCUGAAUCUGGCAGACAGGCUAGCUGAUGAACAUGUUCUCAUCGGGUUGUAUGUCAACAUGCUCCGGAACAGCCCAUCAUGUAUGCUUGAGAGCUCCACCCGGCUUGAUGAAGAGCACCGGCUGAUCGCCAGAUACGCGGCAAGACUGGCAGCAGAGUCCACUUCGUCUCAGCCAGCACAGCAGAGGAGUGCCCCUGACAUCUCCUUCACCAUUGAUGCAAAUAAGCAACAAAGGCAGCUGAUCGCAGAACUAGAAAACAAGAACAGAGAAAUCUUACAGGAGAUCCAGAGACUGCGGCUAGAGCAUGAACAAGCUUCUCAGCCCACUCCAGAGAAGGCACAGCAAAACCCCACUCUGCUGGCAGAGCUCCGCCUCCUCAGACAGCGCAAGGAUGAGCUGGAACAGAGAAUGUCUGCUCUCCAGGAGAGCCGGAGAGAGCUAAUGGUCCAGUUAGAAGGUCUCAUGAAGCUACUAAAGACCCAGGGGGCAGGCUCUCCCCGCUCCUCCCCCAGCCACACCAUCAGCAGGCCCAUCCCCAUGCCUGUCCGGUCAGCUUCCGCCUGCUCCACCCCGACCCACACGCCUCAGGACUCUCUCACAGGGGUAGGGGGAGACGUACAGGAGGCGUUUGCACAAAGUUCAAGAAGAAAUUUAAGGAAUGACUUACUAGUAGCAGCGGAUUCGAUCACUAACACCAUGUCCUCUCUCGUGAAAGAGUUGAAUUCCGAGGCGGGGAGUGAAACUGAGAGUAACGUGGAUUCUGAAUUUGCACGGACUCAGUUUGAAGAUCUGGUCCCAUCACCAACCUCUGAAAAGGCUUUUCUAGCGCAAAUCCAUGCCCGAAAACCCGGGUACCUUCACAGUGGAGCUACCCCAAGUGCCAUGCGUGGCGACGUGGUUACAGAAGAUGGGGACCCAUAUGUGCGGCCAGAGGAUGAGAACUAUGAAGAUGACUCUGUCCGGCAGCUGGAGAAUGAGCUGAAGAUGGAGGAAUACCUGAAACAGAAGCUACAGGACGAAGCCUACCAGGUCAGCUUGCAAGGUUGA